AUGUUCUUUGAUGGGUCAUCAUAUGGUACUGUCGGAGGAUCCGGGGUGGUAUUCGAAUCGCCACAAGGAGAACUUCUCUCGUAUUCGUUUAAAUUGGACUUUCCAUGCAGUAAAAAUGUCGCGGAAUAUGGAGCAUUGAUUUUGGGACUCCGAAUGGCAAAUGAUCUCAAUAUGGGAAGCGUGGAAGUCAAAGGUGAUUCAAGACUCGUGAACGGCGAGUUUCAUGUCAAAGAGCCGCAUUUAGCCCCCUAUCGGGAAGAGGCCCAAAGAUUGAUGAACCAAACGGGUUCGACCCUGGAUCAUACAAGCGGGGUUGGAAACAAGCACGCAGAUGCUCUGGAAACCCUGGAAAGCAAAGUGCAAUUGAAUGGCGAGGAAGAGGGUACCGUCACAAUAAAGAGAAAAGAGUUACCUAACACUUGGAAAGAAGACAUGUCCUCCGAAGAACCAUACGACUGGAGACGAGUGUACAUUGAAGACCUGACUCGUAUGGACGAAGGACGAGUAAUACCCACCCAAGCUCUGAAGCAAUUCACUAUGAUCCAAGGAGCCUUGUAUUACAGGGCGGUCGGAGGAUCUCUUGCGAGGUGUGUAAAUAAAAGAGAAGCUGAGAAGUUGCUCCAGGAACUGCACGCGGGAACAUGUGUACAAACCUGCGCCGUUCACCUCUACAGGAAACUUCAGAGGAGGGGAGUGUACUGGCCAAGUAUGUCAACUCAAGCAUCAGCACUCCAAGACAGCUGCUCCGAUUUCCAAGCACCACCGCAACCCGCGGAAGUCUGCACCAUCAAAGAAGUAGAUUGGAGGCAACCCUACUUCGAUUCUAUUCAACACGGGAAGUUACCGAGCGAAAGACAGGAGACCCUCAAAAUCCAAAGGAAAGCGACGCGUUUCUUCAUACAUGAGGGUGUUCUUUAUCGCAGAAGCUAUGGUAACGCUGCGUUACGGUGUCUGUUAAACCAGGAAGCGGCGGAAGCAACAAACAAAAAGCUCAUCCGCAUCCUUAGCAGAAUAGUGCAUGAUCAUCACAGAGAAUGGUACGAGCAGCUGCCAUUGGCACUCUGGGCAUACAUGAUUUCAAAACGCAGCUCCACAGAAGCAUCACUUUAUUCACUAGUUUAUGGGCAAGAGGCAAUACUACCUACAGAGAUAGCGAUCCCGCCAGCAAGAAUAACAAUGUCUAGCCACACUACACCCGACGAAAUAAGCCGCUUCGCUCACUUAGACACAUUAGAGGAAAAGAGAACGCGAGCAGAGAGAUUUGCAGAAGCUUACAGAAAGCGCGCAGCUAAUUACUACAACCAGAGCGCAAAAGGAAAGAAUAUUCAAGGUGGAUGA